AGUGUGAUGGUUUUACACUGCUUUGCUUUUCUGACUUUUAGGAAAGGAUUUAGCGACACAUUUUCCCCUCCGCCGAGCCGGUUCACAUCCAAAGACGAAGGAAACUCUUAUUAUUAUUAUUACUGCGCCUUUUAAUUUGGACGGGAUCCUGUUCGGUUAACGGAUCAACAUGCCCCGGUCAUUUCUGGUGAAAAAUAAAAGGUGCACGUCCUAUAAUGUUCACCGUUCAUAUGAAGACGAGCCGAAGGCCUCCAUAUGUACAGAGGUCCCACCAGCAGUUCACAGCUCAGACUCUUCAGACAGGCCUCAGUCCGAGGGGCAGUGUUCCCCUCCAGACCGCCGUUCGUUUGAAAAGGAGGAGGAAGAGCUUGCUUGUCCGUUACCUGUUCAUCCAGAGCCGACCCGACCUCCUGCAGCUCCCACACAGCCAUACUACCUAACUGAGCCUCACAUGGCAGAAUUCCCUCCAUACUACAAGCCAACAUACGCCUGGGAGCCGGUACCGUCCUCUUACGAGCUCCGUCAGAUGAGUUUCAGCCCCACGGUGCUGCAGCAUGCCAGCAGUCUGUACGGCACCCACAUCAGCCGCAGUCCACAGCCUCAGCAGCCUCUGGACUGCAGCACGCACUACUCCCCCACCUCCAACACCUACCACUGUAUCACCUGUGAGAAGGUGUUCUCAACGCCCCACGGACUGGAGGUUCACGUCAGGAGGUCGCACAGUGGAACCAGACCUUUCGGCUGCAGCAUCUGCAGAAAAACCUUCGGUCACGCAGUCAGUCUGGAGCAACACAUGAAUGUUCACUCUCAGGAAAAAAGCUUCGAGUGUAAGAUGUGUGGGAAAACAUUCAAGCGUUCCUCCACUCUCUCCACACACCUGCUCAUCCACUCGGACACGAGGCCUUACCCCUGCCAGUACUGCGGCAAGAGGUUCCACCAGAAGUCUGAUAUGAAGAAACACACGUAUAUUCACACUGGUGAAAAACCCCACAAAUGUCAAGUGUGUGGUAAAGCAUUCAGCCAAAGCUCCAACCUGAUCACCCACAGCAGGAAGCACACAGGCUUCAAGCCGUUUGGAUGUGACAUUUGUUCCAAGGGUUUCCAACGUAAAGUAGACCUCCGCAGGCACCACGAGAGCCAGCACGGCAUGAAGUGAAAGGGAAAUGAGCACAAGACCCUAAAGUCAAAAGCAGCAAGUGUUUGUACAUGUACAAUAAAUUGCUAUUAAAACAAUAAGCUGAUAAUCUGAUCUAAAUAUCUGGCAUAUUUUGGAUGCUUUUUACAGGUAAAGUACAAGAAUAAGAAAGCUGUGAAAUCAAAUUCUGGUUGAAGGCGAUUAAACUUCAGAAAGAUGUCAUCUGUGUCAUGAAAUUAAGUAGUCAGUUAAAAGGUAUUUAGUUAAUAUAUUGUAAUAUAUUGGAAGUUGUCUUCUUUCAAAGAUGUGUUUACAUGUGGAUGAAUGGGAGUUGUGUCUGUGUCAUUUUUGUUAAAAAACUUUUGGUUUCAUAUCAUUAAUUUAAAAUAUGCUUAAUCAAUGUAUUAACCAGAUGUGAGUUGAUGAAUGUUUUCCUUUAAAAAUAAAAGGUGAACUGAG